UAGAAACACAAGCUUUCACUAGCCUUCAUAUCUCUCUCUUGAUCUCGAUCUCGAUCUUGUGCAACUAGAUAUUAUUGUACCUCGCAUUAAUUUGGCAUUCCUCAGCAUGGAGUCCGCAAACAUCGAUCCUGUGGCUUCUGAGAUGAACCAAAACCAACCAAAAUGGCAAGGGCAAGCUUGUGCGGACUUGGCAGGUCCAAAGGCGGACCAUAUAUGGCCCUUCUUGGAGGACUUCUUCGGCCUUGACAAGUGGUUCCCAACCCUUGCCACCUGCACCCCCGUCGAGGGCGUCUCGGGCCAACCUGGGUGCGUCCGCUACUGCGCCGGGUUCAGGACCCCAGUUGACCGGGAACGGGACAUCGGUGGCGGCACCGAGGCAACCCUGAACUGGACGAAGCAGAAGCUGCUGUCAAUCGACCCGGCCGAGAAGAUGUUCAGCUAUAGCAUCGUAGACAGCAAUGUCGGGUUCAACUCCUACGUCUCCAAGGUCCGAGUCAUGCCUAAGGAAGACGGUUGUCGAAUGGUGUGGGACUAUGAGGUCGAGCCCGUGAGCGGCUGGAAACCCCAGGACCUGGACCAGUUCAUUGGGUCGGGCUUGCGGGUCAUGGCCGAGAGGAUGAAGGAGGCUCUUCUUGGUCAAGCAAACCGAUCGGAUUCCGGAACUGAUCUCAUCUGAAUCCGAUGAUUUUGCUUUUGUGCUCGUGUGUGAUAGUCUUGAAGCUUUGUGAUGCGGUGUGCAAUAGUAGUGAAAGUCUGGGCAAUAGCACGUAUUAGCUCUCUAAUUGCUUUGCAAUAAUUUGUAAGUUUGGUCACUAUUCCCCGUUCCCAUUGAAAUUAGAGCACCAUUUCACAUGUCCAAAUUCACUUAUAUAUGUACUUGAGCUAAUUUCAGAUUGCCUUUUACUGUACGUAA